AUGGGGCUGAAAUACUUCAAACGCUUCCGGAUGGAAAUCGAUCUGGUGGCCGCCCAGCUUGAUCACCACCCCUUGCCGGUGGAGUAUUGUCUGGUUCCGUGGGACCCGACGUUGCUGAGCGUGCACGCGGAAACCAAGUACGAGAGUUUCCGGACCGAAAUCGAUGCGUAUGUGUUUCCCUGCCUAGGCGACCAUCAAGGUUGCCAGCGAUUGAUGCAGGAAAUCGCGCACAAAGAUGGCUUUCUUCCGGAAGCCACUUGGCUCAUCGCCCAUUGCCCCGGACCAGGCGAGGCCGUGGAGUAUUGUGGCACUGUUCAGGGAAUCUACGAUCGCUCGCGGAUCGGGGCCAUCCAGAAUCUGGGCAUCACCCCCAUGCAUCGCGGACGAGGACUGGGAACCGCACUGCUUAUCUCCGCCCUGCAGGGUUUUCGCAGUGUGGGGCUCAAACGGGCCUUUCUCGAGGUGACGGCCCAAAACUCGGGCGCCAUUCGGCUCUAUCACCGAAUGGGCUUCAACUCAGUCCGCACGGUGUAUAAAGCGGCCGACGUGUCCGCGGUGAAUUCUCUGGCACCCGGCAACGGGCUUGGCGGGGUGGAUUUGUUCUCAGGAUGGACGCGGGCACUUUGCGAAGAUGCUGCUCCCGAGUUCCAGGGCUAUCAGGCAACCGAAUGCGAAGGCUUCUAUCCCGGCCAUUUGCAGGGAAUCGCAGUUGACGGGCAGGGCCACAUCUUCUGGUCGUUCACCACCAAGCUAGUGAGCACAGAUGCCGAGGGUCAGAUUCUCAAGGUGAUCGAUGUGCCGAAUCAUCACGGCGACCUGACGUAUGUGGAUGGCAAGCUGUACGUGGCCGUGAACCUCGGUGAUUUCAACAACCCCAAGGGGAAUGCCGACUCUUGGGUGUAUGUCUACCAAGCCGACGAUCUCUCGCUGCUUGCCAAACAUGAAGUGCAGGAAGUCGUCUACGGAGCCGGAGGGAUUGCCCACAACGCUGGGCGAUUCAUCGUCGUGGGUGGACUUCCCGACGGAACGGACGAAAAUUACGUGUACGAGUACGAUGGCGACUUCAACUUCCAGCGGCGACACGUCGUGCCCAGCGGUCAUACGUACCUGGGAAUCCAGUCUGCCGAGUAUGCCGACGGACUCUGGUGGUUCGGCUGCUACGGUAAGCCGCAGCAGUUGGUCAUCGCCGAUGAAGCCUUCGGGGUGACCGGGCGAUACGACUUUGAUUGCAGUUAUGGCAUUGCGUCGAUCGCACCUGGGAGCCUUGACGGAACUUCCAUCAAAGCGCAACGUUUGGUGGGGGUAGGGCUUGGGGCAAGGGCCCUCCGCCGGCCAAUACUUGCUGGUAUAAUUGCACUGAAUUACUCACAUGACCCCGAGCAACGGGAGAACGUCGUGCCACGUAAAACGCAUAUAGACGCCAUCCUACGCGACUGGCCUUAUGAACCGGGUACAGUCAGUGCUCGACUUGUGCGCGCUCGUGACGGGCGGGACGUGGUCCAAAUGCGAAUCGAGAUGGGCGUCGUUCAAAUGGAAAUGGACGGCCGCCCCGACGGCUCGCAUCCCGAGGGGUGUGAAACCUACCUCGAUCAUCUCAUCAGUAUGGCAAUCCACCGCGGCGAGCAUUUCGAACUGACCGAAGAACAAUGCGCCGAGGUUGAUCGCGAGUUCAUGCAGUACUACCACCGGCGAAUCUGCUGGCUGGCACUCCGUGAUUUCAAGCGUGCCGUGAAAGAUGCCGACCACAGCCUGGCUUUGAUGGAUUUCGUUCGCGAUCGUUCCCCCGACCGGCAGUGGACGCUGUCUCACGAGCAGUUCCGUCCAUUCAUCCUUUUCCAUCGCACGCAGGGAGCCGCCAUGGCUGCUCUCGACACCGAUGGCGCCGAAGCCGCGAUCGAAGCAGUAAAUGGCGGUCUCGAGCGUAUGCGCGAGUUCCUGGUGAACUUUGAUGCCGAGGAGUCGUUCGACGACGAUGAGAUGGUGAUGCGGUUACGCGAGAUUCAAGACUCGCUCCGCGAAGAGUUCGGGGUCGAGCGGACUCUGAACGAGCGUCUGGCCGACGCUGUCGCCGAAGAGAAGUACGAACUCGCUGCCCAGUUGCGCGACGAGUUAGAACGCCGCGCCGAAGGGGCAUGA